AUGAAUAUGUUGGAUGAUGAAGAUGACCAAAGCUUUCACGCUACGCGUGACGGCUACUCCCAUUUGAGCGAUGUCGAAUGGGAUGCGGUUGAACGAAUGGGUUCGACCAUGGGCAUCCAUGCUGUUAGCGUCAUGCUAGAGGCUCUCAAUAGAGAUGCCCAACAUGCUACUAUCGCCAAGUUCAUUCAAAAUGAACUUGACGCAGAACGCGAGAAAGUAGCCUUGCUUCACCAACAAGGUUCUCAACAAGCAGAGUUGUUGAGAGAACAAGGUGCUCAACAGUUUGAACUGUUGAGACAGCAGCAGGCUGCUGCUGGCGGGUCGAUGCACUCGCGUCGGCCCGAGAGACCUUGA